AUGGAACGUUUACCGAUAUUCGCAAACGGAUUAUUCAAUCGUUUGUUUCAUGUUUCUGCUAAAAAACGUUCCUACACUGGUACACCUGAACUGUUUUCAUUGCCUUUUUUCCAUUACCUGCGCAGAGUUCACUUCACAACACCUGAAAAUGAAGAGAUAUACUUUAAUGAGGAUGGGUUUGCACCUCUUGCAUAUUCUGUCGUGAAUUGGAACGUAAGGUCAGAUGGAUUUGUGUCACUUCCAAUAGUUGGAAUAUAUGACAGCAGAUUGCCUGCAAGCAUGAGUUUUUCUAUUGACUAUCAAAACAUCAUGUGGAAUGAAUUCAGUCAUCAGCCUCCCAGGUCUGUCUGCAGUGAAAGUUGUGCCCCCGGCUUCAGAAAGGCUAUUCAAAUUGGGCAACCUGCUUGCUGCUAUGACUGCAUCCCAUGUGCAGAUGGUGAAAUUUCUAACCAGAGUGAUUCCACAGACUGCCUGCCAUGUCCAUUUGAGGAAUGGUCAAGUGAAAGAAGAGACAUGUGCUUAAAGCGAUCAGUAGAAUUCCUCUCCUAUGGGGACACCCUGGGUGCAGUUUUAACUGCUGUUGCUGUUAUCUGUGCACUCCUGACAGGUGUCAUCCUUACUGUAUUUGUUAAGUUUCAUGACACUCCAGUCGUUAAGGCCAACAAUCGGAACAUCAGUUAUUUACUUCUUACAGGGAUAAAACUCUCUUUUAUGUGCUCCUUGAUUUUUAUUGGGAAUCCAAAUGAAAUUACUUGCAAGAUUCGCCAAGCGUUGUUUGGUGUAACCUUUGUUUUUUCUGUGUCUUGUGUAUUGGCUAAGACCAUUAUGGUGGUUGUAGCUUUCAAUGCCACAAAACCAAACAGCAAAUUGAGAUCAUGGGUGGGAUCAAAAGUAUCCUACUCUGUAGUAUCAAUGUGCACAUUUCUGCAGGUUGUAAUCUGUGUGACAUGGAUUGUUUAUUUGUCUCCUUUUCCAGAAAGAAACUUUACAUCUCAGCCAGGGAUGAUAAUAAUUGAGUGCAAUGAAGGUUCUAUUAUUGCAUUCUGGUGCAUGAUGGGAUAUAUGGGAUUAUUAGCAGGAAUAUGUUUUAUUGUGGGUUUCCUGUCUAGAAACCUUCCAAGUAGCUUUAAUGAAGCUAAGUUCAUUACAUUCAGCAUGGUGGUAUUUGUUAGUGUCUGGCUGGCCUUCAUCCCAGCAUAUAUCAGUACAAAGGGGAAAUAUGUGGUAGCUGUGGAGAUAUUUGCUAUCAUUGCUUCUAGUUCAGGCUUGCUUGGAUGCAUAUUUUUUCCAAAGUGCUACAUAAUCCUAAUGAGUCCGGAUAUGAAUACUAAGCGAUAUUUAAUGGGCAAGAAAAACAGAAUGGAAUGA